AUGUGCGACGUGUGGCUCAGUGUACACACAGAUCCUCUUACUGACAGAGCUGGAGCCAGGGACAGCGAAAACCAAACAGGCUGCCAGCUGCUGAGCUCGGCAGUCUUCACGACGAGCAAACCAUAUGCACCAUUGCCACACGCUGGGAUAAGGGCACAGAAGCGUGAGCGGCUGCCUGCGCUCGCUACUGCGGUGGGAGUAAAGGGACGGAAGAAAAGACACCAGGAAAAGGUGAAGCACGAUAAAAAGCUACAUCUCGAUCGGGGACUCUUAACUCCACAAACCCUAUUUGACCUCCGUGCGCCCGUCCGGCCUGCGUCCCCCGCGGCGCUGGCCCUCAAUGAGCUGUGA